UCCACCGCGGCGCUGCAAACGGGCGGCGACGGUCGAUGACUCCACGAGGUCAGCUGCCGCCAGGUAUAAAUCCUUAGCCGCACCGACCCGAUCCAUCCUCAACUUCAGCCAGGACUCGCCAGAUUUCUCCUCGCCCGGAAUCUGCUUCACCACUCCCCCCAACUCCCCCAACUCCAAUCAUGGCGUCUUUCGUGCGUCAGCAACGGGGCCCCGACGAUGCCGACCAGGCGCCGGCCGCUCCCAGGCAGACGCCGCUGGAGGUCCUGCUGCCCUCGCACACCGUGCCCUCGUUCCCCCAGCGCGUUAUCGGCCGGAAAUCACCUAUCCCGGGCGUCGAGGAGUUUCGGGGGAUCCCGUAUGGCAUCGUGCCUGCUCGCUGGCAACACGCCCUGCUCCGGGAUCGAUUGCCCGACGACGUCUUCCACGCAACUCGAAACGGUCCCCGCUGCCCGCAACCACAGGAGCCCAACAACAGCGACGACUUUCAGUCCUACCUCGAGUUCCCCCGCGACGUCUCCGAAUCCGAAUUCGACUGUCUCAACCUCUUCAUCACACGGCCCAGCGCGACGACCCUCGCCGCCGCCGGUUUUGAUGCCCGCACCGUCAAUCUCCCCGUCUAUGUCUAUAUCCAUGGCGGCGCCUACAGCUUCGGCGCGGGCACUGAUCCCAUGUGGGAUCCCGCCCGCCUGGUCCUGAAGUCCGUCGCCUUGAAGACCCCCAUGAUCGUCGCGACCGUCAACUACCGACUGAACAUGUUCGGCUUCGCGGCAUCGUCGGAGAUUAUCCAGGCCCAGCCGGAGGGCCAGAAACGGGGGUGCAACUUCGGCCUGACGGAUCAGCGGAUCGCCCUUCGCUGGGUGCACCAGAACAUCCGCGCAUUUGGCGGCGAUCCGCGCAGAAUUACCGUCGGCGGCCAGUCCGCGGGGGGAAGUUCCUCGCAUGCCCACGUCCUCGAGGCCAUCUUGGGCAAGCGCGAGCCCCUGGUGCAGCGCGGGAUUGUCCAGUCCGGGGCCGUCGGAGUACUUGGCCCCAUCUCGAUGGAGCUUGCUGAUGCGCGAUGGGCGGCCUUUUGUCGGCACCUGGGAGCCCCCGAGGGCGAUGCCGCCGCCCACAUGGCAUUCAUGGCGGCCGUUGCGCCAGCAGACAUCCUCCGAGCACACCACGAACUCGGCCGCUUCGCCUGCCCUCUGGCCGUGGACGAUUUAACGAUCUCACUAAGGCCGAACAGCCGCUGGAAUGUCCACUUGGAUGGCCAAGAAGGACCGGCGCCGGAAGAGGUGCCUGCCAAUGAUGACACUGUGAUUGCCGUUCUGAUCGGAGAUACGGAUGUGGAGGGCAUGUUACACUCGGCCGCGGUAGGAGAGAUCAAGACCUUCGAUCAGCUUCACGAACGCUUGGAGGUCGAAGUGCAAUCGACGGAGUUUCUCCGGAGCUUUUACGAGACGUAUGGUCUUCAAUCGAAUAUGUCGAAGACAGAUCUUCACGAACGGGCCCUUCAAUUCCUCACAGAUAUACAGUUUGGUUACCACGUUCAACGCUCCAGGGAGGAACUGAUCGGCUGGGAGGGGUCAAGUGAACGAAAUGCCCGCCCGACUGUCGUGCAGUCAUUCCGCAUGAGGGUCGGAAAUCCAUUCCCCGGGCCAGCCUAUGGAAAGGCCCAUCACUGCGUGGAUUUGAUAUAUAUUUAUGACUGUUUCGCCGAGGCAUUGCGCCAGGCAGAUACAACCCUCCCAGCCGACUCAGUCUCCAACGCCGCGCUGGUGGACCGGGUCCAAGCAGACUGGAUCCGAUUCAUCACAGCGCCGUCCGUCAGCAGCCAGGCCGGCUUCGUGACGGUGUACGGUCAGGACCGAACAGCGGCGUCAGUUGACAUGGCAUCGGAUCAGGAGUGGGUGGAGCGGAAAGGCCGAUUAAACUUCCUGGAAAGAAACCAACUAUUCUCUGCGCAAGCCAUCAAAGCACUGGCGGGUGGUGGCCAUGUUUUCUAGAGACACUUUAAAUAGAAGCCGUCUACAUAUGGCCGCCUGUAGCUAAGAUAUCGUCCGUGGGUGUUCGGAU